AUGUAUAUUAUAAUGAAUAGAUAUAUUCAAUAUAUCAUCCUAUGGCUUGUAUGUAUAACCCUUACCUCAGUUCUAUCUAAUGAAGAAGUUCAACAAAAUGUUUGUUCAAAGCUUAAUGAGUCUUGCAGUCGGAUUUUAUUUCGCCGCUGUUGUGACAAUUUAGUUUGUCAAGGGUUCUUCAAUGGAAUAUGUGUUCAAUGUCUUGGUAAAAAUAGAUUAUGUUUUCGGAGCUCAGACUGUUGCAGCGGAAGAUGUUGGUUUUUUCACUGUAAAGAACAAUAUAGUAAUAUUACCACAAGUUUUGAGAAUAAUACAGAAACCCAACAAAAUAUGAUCAAUGAAACGUUAACAGAAACUCUGUAA